AUGCCCGAGUUGCACAAGCGAGAGAAGGUCCUGGUGCAGUACCGCCUGCUCAAGGACUUCGAUGAUUUGCGGCGGCGUGGCAUCCCGGGAAUCGAUGUGCGAGUCAUGGAGGACAACAUCUACGAGUGGCAUGUCACCAUGAGCCCCAUCUCCGGCCACUUCAGUGGUUUACGUAUCCACAUGGUCCUUUUAAUGCCCGAGGACUACCCGCGCAAGCCCCCGAAGGUCGAGCUCUACAACUACCUGCCGCACGCCAACGUCUUCACCGACUUCCUGCAGAACACUGCCCUGGCAUGGUCCCCGUACUGGCAGGGAAACAGCCCCUCUCGGGGUAAGUAUGUGAUCUGCACCGACCUCCUGGAGCUGAAGCCGCCACCUUUGGACCCGAGUGAUAGCCGUAGGCAUGAAGGUUGGAGCCCGUCCUACAGCGUGGAGGCCGUGCUGGUGCAGCUGCAGUGCCUGCUCUUUGACGACUACGUGCACACGGACGCCGGGCAUCACAUCAACACCUUGUGGGAUCGUUGGCAUGCCCGUCCUGGGGAGGGCCGCAAACUCCGCCAACAGGUGUGUGCCGAGCUGCACCAGGCCCAGAAUGAGGCCGACGCCUUCUUGUGCAAGGCAUGCGGGUUUUGCGGCCUCGACAGGGAGGUGGCCUUCCAUGACCUGCCGAAUCUGCCCACCGACGAGGGCUCCGCCAGCGAGUCGGAGACCACUGGAUCAACAGAGGAGGCUGGUGCCAGCGAGGCCUCAGGUGAGAAGAUGCAGAAGGGGAAGCGAGAGCACACCUUCGUGUCACGCAAGAAGCAAAGGCAGCAGCAGCUGGAGAAGCUGAAGGUUCGCAACGACCCAAAGAAUCCGAGGGUUGACUUCAAGCAACAGCGGCUCUACAUGGAGCUUUCCAACUCCAACUCAGCGUUGCAGAGCGGCCGCGCCCUGAGGCGUGUGCCGGGGGUCUUCAGGGUCCGCGAUGUGGUGUCCUUCCGAUUCCAUGGAGUCGUGGAUGAGGUGUACUUGAAUGGCGACUUGUGCAUCAACAGGGACCUGGACAUCUUGAAUUAUGGCCACGAGGUGCAGUACCCCUGGCGAUGGUGGGAUCCCAUGCUGGGGCGCUACAUUUUCAGGCGGCAGCAGCCAGAAGAGGAGGAGGCAGACAAAGCGAACGGCAAGGUGACUUGGGAGAGGUUCGUCAACUCCCAGAACGGGGGAGGCAAGUUGAAAGCGGAGGACACACCCGGCACGGAGGCGUUUGUCAAGAAGCGGGAGCAGUUCUACCCCGCGGGGGUUGUCGAGAGCGUGAAUACCUAUGACUGCACCGUGAGCAUCGUGGUUGUCGAGGGCGAUGCGACACGGGGGUCGGCCCAUGCCCCCCUAACGAACAAGUAUGGCGAGUGGGCGUUCAACAGCGAGGGGCACUCGUCGGGGCUGAAGGCCACGCUGUACAAGAACGUUCCCAUGGAGAAGGUGUGCCUGCGCGGCUGCGAGGGCCUCGUGGUUCCCUACGACCACCCGCCUCCCUUGACCUACAAGCCAGUGCCGGGCCGCUACGCCGCAGACGAGUUCUUAGCCUACGAUGUCACGAAGGACUGCCCAAUCCAGCUCAUCGAGAUGCUGUCAGGUGAGGCGUGCCAAAGCCUCACCCGGCAGAAGUUGGCCUGCCUGCCGCUGCCCGAGGUCCAAAGCAAGACCUCCGGGGCCUCGGAGCUUUGGGAGCUUGUGGGCUCCGAGCCCUCCGAGCUUACCGGCGGCUCUGAGUUCGAGGUCGUGUCCUUGAGCGACGGCGCCAGCUGGGACCUUAUCUCCGAAGCAUCCCGCAGCUGCAGCUUCGAGAUUGUGAGCGUGGUCUCCGACAUCUCGGAGCAGUCUUCGGGCUCUCUGUCCCACUCCUUUCAUGUGAUUCCCUCUGCUGCAAGCUCCUUGGGCAGCUUUGAUCUGGUGCCCUCACAUCCCUCCGAUGCCGUUUCCCUGGACUCCUGGAUCUCCGUCGGGAGCGACCGCAGCCGCCGCAGCCUCCUCACGCUCCGGAGCGCGCUGGCGCCCCAGAGCUUCCCGGCCGACUGCGGUGGUUCCUGGCAGCUCCUGUCGGUGCUGUGCAAGCUGAACGUGCCGCUGCGGGGCACCGUGAAAUCCGUGCAGGACUUCGGCGCCUUCGUCAGCAUCGACGCCACCCCGCGAGACCUCGCUGUGCAGAACAAUCGGCUGCUGAGUGGCCGAGGCCUGUCUGGCAAGGGCAAAGGGAAGGGCAAAGGCAAGGGCAACGGCAAAGGCAACGGCAAGGGCGAGACCAAGAUACUGCAGGACGGGCUGCUGCCGUGCCUGCCCUACAUGCGGCCCCUGUGGCCACCUCGUGCAGGUGAGGGUGGCAUUCGUAGCGACGCCUCCAUCAUGGUGAAUGGGAACAUUUUCGAGCAGAUGGCCCGUCAGGCCCUCGGCCCGCCAGAGGUGCUUGUCUACGUCAGCGAGGUCGACGCCGCCCAGAAGCGCAUGAAGCUCUCGCUGCUCCCUCGCCUGAGCUUCCAGGAGUUGCGCGUCGGGGGCAAGCACGAGGGCAUCGUCGUGGACACCUCCCGCCUGGGACUGUUCGUCGCCCUGUCGGACAACCUGGUGGGCUUGCUCCCACGCGCACAGCUGGGUGCCGGGGCCUUUGCGGACACGGAGGACUGGUACCAACGCAGCGUGUACAAGCGUGGCGACCUUGUGACUGUGUGGGUGUUGCGGAAGGCGCUGGCGGACGAGAAUGCCCGACGCCCAUACAAGAUCGACUUGACCAUGGACAAGUACAACGAGGAGCUGAGCGAUCAUUUCCUGAGGAGCAGCCUUCAGGUGCUGAAUGCCGGUGCUUCCGGGCGCCAGCCGGCGGACAAGGCCGUUGAGGCCUCCAGCAAGACGGCCAUGGACCUCAAGCUGGCGGAGACGUUCGAUGCCGAGGACAAGUUCUUCCUGAUCAAGAACAAUCGCAUCAUCCAAGACGCGCAGUCGCAGUACCCGGAACUGCAGAUCGACUACACAACUGACCCACCUCCACCCCCGAAGGAGGCCGCAAAGGCCGAGAGGUUCGACUUCAGCCUCAUCGAGGGCUGGAGCGUGCAGAGGAUCGCGGAGGAGCACCGGCGCCUGUCCGACAAGCGCUUGAACUUCGAGCAGAAGAUGGCGGGCUCGAAGCCCCUCAGCAAGGAGGAGGACCGGCUGCUGGCCGUUCUGAGCAAGAAGGUGGAGCAGUGGGGUAAGGAGUACUACGACGGUGUGUGCGAGCAGAUCGAGAGGCGCCAGAAGUUCAUCAUGGACAUCCACCGCCGGAUCAAGGAGGAGCGCGACAAAUACCCCUACAAGUCCAUCAUCGACCUGAGCAAAUUCCGGGAGCUUUCUCAGAGCAUCGCAGAGAAGGGCUACGACAAGCGCUGCUGCUUCGUGACCCGGCUGUGCUACAAGGAGGAUGUGCUCGGUGUAGGAUUGGAGAUUGUGCCCGAUGACACGGGCCGCAAGAUCUUCCAGUGCUCCUUCGACCUCCUGUCCAAGGAGGCCUUCAAGGAUUUCGGCAUCCGCUCCGGCGUGUGGAAGGAGAAGGUCGAGUUCUGGCUGCCCGUGGCCAUCGACGCCAGCCACUUCCGGCGCGCGCUGCCGUACCUUGCAGAGAGCUUCCGGCAGCUCGGGGAUGGGCGUGUCGAGGCCGCCACUCGCAGCUACGGCACGCAGGCCGGCGCGGGCGGUGCCGGCAGCCUGCGCGCCAGCCUCCGGGAGCUCGCCAGGUCGGGCAAGAAGAUGGUCAGCUUGGAGGAGUACAAGAGACAGCAAGCGGACAGCAAGACGAAGCCAAGCAUUGCUCCUGCCGCCGCUCCUGCUGCUGAUCCUGCUGCUGAUCCUGCUGCUGCUGCUCCCGAGCUGCGGCCUGUAGCCAGCCUGACCGAGGCGGACGUGGCCUAUGGCUUGGAGGUGUUGCCGAAGCUCAUGAACUUGCAGACCGUGCAGCUCAUGAAGGGCGACCUCCACCUCUCUACCAAGGCGCUGGAGGGCUACAUGGGAUUCCACCAUCUCCUGCUUUCCAUUCUGCGCCAGUACCCUUCUCUCCAGACUCAGGUGGAGUUGAAGAUCGCGACCUUUGUCCGGUCUGCGGCGGCCCGAACGAAACAGAGCUGCCCCAACAUCGGCGAGUUCCUUUGCCUGCUGGCCGUUUCAAAGAAAUACACCUGGGACGAUGUGUCUGCUGCUGUGCUCAAGGAGACAUUGGACCGGAACGCAAGCUGGGCUGUGGACAAGUACCCCUCUCUAGCCCACUUUGGCACAAGCACGAAGAACAGGCUGGAGAGGACCUUCAAGGCCAGCGUCGUCUCCAUCCGGCUCCUGUGCUUCAACGUCUGGUUCCUGCGCAACGUGGUCUUCAAGCGCUACGGGGCGCAGGCGACCACGGCGGAGAUUCUUGAGGCAGAGCAGCGGGGCCCGAGCAUCAGCUGCACCGACAUGCGCUGGGCGGAGUAUGAGGAGCAGAAGGGCGUUCCGAGGCCGGAGGAGAUUGAGAUGCUGCAGGAGCAGAUGAGAAGGACCCUGCACGGCGAUGGCCUCAACAGCUGGUCGGAGUACUUCGUCAACUUGAACCUCAAGCCCCUUGCAGCAGACGAUCUCUCGCAGCUCCUCGUCAUGAGCCUGCACGACUCGGUGCGGAAGGGCUACAUCCCCCUGUGGAAGAUGAGACAGCUGCAGGAGGGGAAGCCGGAGAAGGCCCCCAAGACGAAUGACUACCUUGGCGCAGACAUGGACAAGUACGACAACAUGCACACAACAAAGGGCGGCGGUGACAGAUGGUGA